AUCAUCGUUGAACAAUCCAAAUCCUAAACCAAAAUCUCCCAUUUAUUCAAAUCAAUUUUUUCUCUCUUUCUGAAACCUCUUAUUAUCAAUGGCGUUCAAAAAAACUCUAGCUCAGCGUCUUUCCAAUGUAUACAAAACCACCGGUUUUUCCAUUUCUGCUUGUCGCAUAUCUUCAUCAUCCAUGUCAGCCAGAAAGCUGGUCCCUCCUCAUCCUGACGACAAAAUCGCUCCAGAUCCCGGAGAUAAUGGAAUUUUCCGGCGAUUCAUCCAGCGGCGACUCAUUAACACAUAUCCGGCGACUUCGCCGGAGCUCCGGUCACUACCUAUCGGUGAAAGUCUCAUCGAGAAAAUCCGUGAAAUGGAUGUCAACAGAAGCAGGAUCAAACUCGAUGGAUUCCUGCCGCCGCUAGAGAUGAGGCCGGAACCGGAGCCGGAGAUAACGACGGAGGGGAAAUUGACGGUGGCUGAUGCGAAGAAGGUGUUAAAAAUAUCACAAUUGGAGAUGGUGAAAUUGAGGCUAAAGCAAACUGAAAAGAAUUGUAUUUCGUACCCGGAAUUUGUUCAGAUCUGCUCUGGAAUUAGUUCGAACAAUGAUUUAGGCAUGGAAUUCGCGAAGAUUCUAGAUGAUUCUGGAACUGUGCUUGUUCUGGGAAACGUUGUGUUCCUCAGGCCUGAUCAGGUAGUGAAAACUCUACAAAGUCUAUUGCCAAUCCCCGCGAACCAAAAUGACCCACAAAUGAUGAAGGAGCUCAACCAAAUGGAAGAGGAAAAAACAGCAAUUGACAGAAAAGCAGAGUCAUUGGUGCGUAGAGAAUUAUGGUGUGGGCUAGGCUACUUUGUCAUUCAAACAGCAGCGUUCAUGAGAUUGACAUUUUGGGAACUCUCCUGGGAUGUGAUGGAACCAAUUUGCUUCUAUGUUACAUCAUUUUACUGCAUGGCUGGUUAUACUUUCUUCCUAAGGACGGCGAAAGAGCCUUCUUUCGAAGGAUUUUUCCAGAGCCGGUUUGUUGCUAAGCAAAAACAACUCAUGAAGGUUCGGAAUUUUGAUCUUCAGAGGUAUAACGAGCUCAAAAGAGCUUGUUAUCCUCAAUCGUCGAUGGCGCAUCCUGAAAAAACCUUAACGUUUAAAUGAACAUUUUGUUAGGUAGAAGAAUUUAUUUUAGGAAUAGUUAAGAAGGGAGUGCAAACGAGUUAAAAGAGACAUCAAUUAGUCUCUCUGUUUUUUUCUUCCCUUUUUUUGGUUUAAUUUUUAACUUUCAAUGUAACGGUCAAUGUAUAUGCAAAUGAAGAGGAAUUUUCCAAAU